AUGGCGCAGGACCGGAGCAGCUCCCCGGACGCUCGUUCAUUAGGCUCAAUUACCCCCGAGCGCAUCACUCUCCGUCCCGAACGAGAGGAACCGGAGCCCAGGCUUUCAUCCCACACGUCCCGCGUCAGAGACGGCGCUACAUUUCACACACACAGAUGUAUUUGUCACCUGCUGAGGAGCCGUGUGAAGCCGCGGCCUCUUUGUGCAGCUCAGGCUCGUGCCGCCAACCCACCACUCAUUACUCACUGCACAAACAAAGGGCCCUUCUCUCUGGAGGCCCUCACCGCACGGAGCCGCGGCUUUGAGCUCAACUUUUCAAAAAGCGUCGCCAUCAGCCGCGCGCUCCUCACUCUCCAGCCGACUUCUUCAAAGUGCCAUGCCUCCACAAAAGAACAUCUCAAACAGCACCUGUCAAAGCAGAUGGGCUGUUUCAGGGCUGGUGUUGGGAGGUGGUGUUGCGGCACGCGCCGGAGAGCCCGCUGUGAGCGCUGA